AUGUCGAUCAACACUCACGUGACAUAUCUCCUGGUCAAAGAUGAGAGCGCUACCCCAUCCUUCGGUAGAGACUUCACCACUCCAGCGACUCUAGCCCCCCUGACAUUAACGAUUGCUGCGACCAUAUCACCUCGCUUGAUGACAGGCUCAGACAUACAGUCUACCCUGAUCACUAUGCCUUCUUCGGCAAUUUCAACCAUCACAACUGAUGUUACAUCAACUCCCACUUCAGCUGUGGACGUAGAGAAAGGUUCUGUCGACUUUGGCAAGAUUGCUGGGAUAACAGCAGGUGGAAUUUUCGGGGCGAUCUGUCUGUGUCUGGUGUUCUACUGGCUCUAUGCUCAAAGUCGUGGAAUCAAAGUUUGCAACUGCUUCAGCUCGUUCACCUGCUUUGGUCGCUGGAGUCAAACGGAGGAGGCGGAGAAGCCCAAAGUCGAUAAUAGCAGUCACUGA